ACAUCAAAAUAUAACCUAAAUUCAUUACAUGAAAGCCAACAACAAAGAAGAAAAAUAUAAUAAACUAGAAGCUCUUGUAAUGAUAAAUUACAUUAAAUUUUAAUUAAAUCAUUUAUAUCAUUUAAAUUAAAUGAUAAAUAACUAUAUAACUAUUCUAAGGAGUACAUUUUUUAAUUCCCAGCCAAGUAAGAACAUACGUGUGAUGUCUAAGAAAAGUAAAUCGAAAAAUAGUAAAGAAAGCAUAGCAGCUCCGAAGGAAGAAGACUGUGCUAUCUCUUUGGAUAAGUCAAAAAAUAUAGUCAUACAAGUUUUGGCAAAGCCAGGAGCAAAGCAAAAUGGAAUUACCGGAAUAACUGCUGAAGGAGUUGGUGUCCAAAUAAAUGCUCCACCUUCAGAGGGGGAGGCGAACACAGAGCUAGUAAAAUAUAUGGCCUCGGUUCUAGGACUACGUAAAAGUGACGUUGUGUUUGAUAAGGGUUUUAAGUCUAGGUCAAAAACGUUAAAAAUUGUAGGAAAUAUCACCAUAGACGAAGUGAAAAAGAAAAUAUCAGAGGAAAUUGCAUCAUAGUACAUGAUCUCUUUUAUACUCUUCUAUUAUCUUAUGUUUUUAUUUAUUUAAAUGUCAUUGUGUUUAUUAAAAUUAAUAAAUAUAAUAAA